UCAGAAUAUUACGGGCACUUGACAAUAAUUAUAUUAUUGAAAAUAAAGCAAAAAAUUGGAAUUUCGCUUUCAGCUCCUCUCACUGCUCAGUGAGUCUGCCUCGCUUGCCUAUGGAAUUUGCUAAGUACUUUUGCUUUUGUGUUUUCCAUACUUUUCAAUAGUUACAAUUGAAAGCUAAUAAAUAUUUCAGUUCUGUGAUUGACAAAAUUUGGCUUAAAUACCUGGUUGUGGUUAAUUUUCUAAUAGAUACAGUUAAGGGAAGAUUAUAAUUGACGAUCAUUCAAACCAAGAAAGUUUUAAUAGAAGAGGAAAACAAUUAUUAUUUCUUUAAUUCAAUGUUAACUCAUUUGUAAAAUAUACGGUGCAACAACAUAUGACCAGACGAUUUUGUGCUAUUGUAAGAGUUUUAAUAAAUAGAUCUAUGUCGAAGACUAAUGAAAUUGGUUGUACCAUCAGUCAAGAAAAUGAAGGAUAUACUGAUGAAAAAUUGAUAAGCCCAGCAGCUUCAAGGAAUAAAGAUCCAAUACUACAAGUUUUAAAAAGGUUCAUUAUCAGUGAUACAGACCAAAUUGAAGAUGAAAGUCCUUUAUUUUUGGAGAUAUCCUCAGGAACUGGUCAACAUGUAUCACAUUUUGCACCUCAUUUUCCUGGUGUAAAAUUUCAACCAUCUGAGGUUGAUAAAACUUUAUUCAAGAGUAUAUCUUAUUAUGCUUCAAGCUGUCCUACAAAUAAUAUCAUUCAGCCAAUAUUUAUAGACAUUCAAAACAAAUUAUCAUACUAUGGAUUUGAAGAAGGUUCUGUUGACUAUAUGUUUAAUGCUAAUAUGAUUCAUAUUAGCCCUUUUGAAUGUACAAUUGGUUUAUUUGAAAAUGCUGGAGUUUACUUGAAACCUGAGGCACUUAUGAUUACAUAUGGACCAUACAGUAAGGAUGGUAUCAUAACACCACAAAGUAACAUUUCAUUUCAUGCUUCAUUAAGAUCAAGAAAUCCUUUAUGGGGUAUUCGAGACAUUAAUGAUUUAAUUAAAUUAGGAGAUGAGAAUAAUUUGUCGCUAAUAGAUACUGUUGAAAUGCCAGCUAACAACAUGACGUUGAUAUGGAAAAAAGACUAAGCAAAUCUUUCAGGGAUAUUAUAGUAUUACAUUUUUGGCAGUGUUUACAUUUACUUAUAUAAUAUUGUAUAAUGGAGAGCUUUGUAAUUUUAUUAAUUAUCAAUUACUUAUGCAUCUCAUUUUAUAAGGCAGUAUUUUUGAAUUUAUUAAUUGUUAAAUUUUGAAGUGGUUCAAAUCUUCCAUUAUUUUUCAAGACAGACAUGUAUUUAGUUAACAUUUUGUACAAUUAGCAAAUUAGCACAAUAUUGUAACAGCUAUCUAAACUGGAGUUAUUUGUAUUGCAUUUUAAAUAAAUGUUUUUUAGUAAAUA